AUGGCACCUCUAACCUCUAAACUUCCCCCCUCAAACGACGAUUACUUUCCCGACCACACAUCCUAUAUUGACAACCGCUCUCUUCCUACCACACCCUCUAUCCUCUCACGCUCAUCGUCUCGUGUUUCCAUCCGCAAACCCGCCCCAAUGAAUCUCUCAAUCCCUAAAUCAAAAUCGAGCAUCCACCUCACCGCUGCCCCUCGCACACCUCAUACACCUGGUCCCCGCUCCGGCACAACCACACCUUCACGCCAUUCUCAUUUAAGAAAUACCAUUGCACCAGAUGAUUUACAAAUCAGCACAUUGAGCGAGAACGAUCGCAAUGAUUCCGAUUGGCUUUUGCGAGCCGGCGCCAUGAUUGCAUCCUCCACUCGCGAAUCAAAGGGACAAGCCUGGCUCGUCUCGCGCGCAAGUUCAACGAGUUUGCAGAUAGAUGCGGAUGACGAUGCAUUUGAGCGUGAGCUUGCCCGAGAAAGAGAACACAGUAGCAGGAGAGGGAGCAGACGAGGAAGUUUCGAUGCAGACGACGAGUUUUCACCACUUACAACGAGAAGAAGUCUAAGUUUUGGGCCUGCAGCAGGAGCAUACAGUAGAUCAGUGAGUAGAUAUGGCAGUCGCGCAAACAGUAGGAUAGGAAGUCGUGCGAAUAGUAGAAGAGGGAGCAGGGCUGCGUUGAUCACACCAAUGACAGCAGAUAAAGAGGGAGGAUAUUUCGAUUCAGAAUUUGCGCAUGAAGAAUAUCCUGCGGAACCAGACUUUGUAGAUGUGGAAGAAGAAAGUUUUGAUGAGGGUGAUGAGGCAAGGAAAGACGAAGCAAUAGUUAAGAAAUUGGCUAGAGCAAGUAGAUUGGGACUUGGAGGAUGGGUCGAAAACUUGUUAGGAUGGAGUUUGUUUGCUGUCGAAGAGGAUGGAGAAGAAGCAGAUUUUGAUACAUCAGAUGAAAAAGGAGAGGAAUCAUCACUAUCAUCACGCCCAUCACGACAAACUCUUGCUGGAAUGGACGAUACACCAGUGGCAGAACAAAUGCCACCACUCAAUCCAAACGAAGCAGAUGGAUGGCAUGACGCUGCUUGGCUUUUGAGCGUCGCAAGUAAAGUAUUGCUUGAUAGUUAA